CACCUUCAAGAGCUGUUGGGUCUGCGUGAUCAGUAGGAACGGUAGCCGACUUCCUGCCAACAUAGGCACAAAUACAAAAAGAAUCAAGGUGACACUACUGUUUCUGCUAACAAACUGAAUAAAAGAAGUUUGUAAAAAAGAAACAAAGGCACACAAGAAGAAGAAAAAUGAAGCUAAAGGGUUUUGCUGUACUUCUCUAUGCAGAGCUCCGAACCGCAGCGGCUAGCAAUGUGGGGCUGACAGAUCCAAAGCUUUGUUACAUUCUGGAUGGAAUCCUUUUUAUUUAUGGAAUCAUCAUCACUGCCUUGUACAUCAAACUAAAGCUGAGUCCAGACAAACAGGACAGUAAAGGUAUGCCAGUAGGCAAAGACGGUGAAACCUACCAAAUGCUGGAUAAGUCAAGACAAGAUGCUAGCUAUGAUGAACUUGGCAGCCGCAAACCCAGAGACCCUGAAGCAGGAAAGCAGAGGAGGAGAAGGAAUAAUGAAACCUCAGAAGAUUAUACAGCUCUGAACUUGAAAGGAAAGAAUCCGGAUGAAUACAGCACAAUCGGAAUACAAAAGCAACAGGAACAUAAAAGAAGAGGCAAGGGAAAUGAAGGUGUUUACCAGGGUCUGAGUCAUGCAUCGAAGGACACAUACGACUCCCUGCAAAUGCAGUCCAUUGCUCCCCCUCCUCUUCCUAAGUAACCAGGGGAAAACAACAAAUGUACAACUGUAUUUCAAGAAAUGACAGCAAAUUAUUACAACAGAAAGCAAAAACACCUGUAUAUGGAAUUCACAAACCACCAUAACAUGAAAAUUUCAUCUUUAUAUGCACAGAAUUUAACUGCUAGCAUGAAACAGUGAAUUACUUAUUUUGUGCAAAAUACUGUCAUAUCAAGCAUAACAAUUAGUGAACUGCAAUUCUUUAUUUUUUAUCAGUAAAAGUACAGCAUGAAUGCUUACAUGUUCUAACUCAAGCACACAAUCAGUUACUUUUUCAAUAUAAUAACAUGGGCUGUCUGUGUAUAUAAAUGGUGAUUUUGUAUUGUUGUUACCUUUACAAAUAUUCAUUUUUACUCCAAUUUCUGAUUACUGGGUUUUGGAGAUGUUUUAUUAUAAUGUUUGCAGUCAGGUAUGCAGCACUGAACUGUUUGUACAGUUCUUUAUCUAUCCAUGCAGACAAUCUUACUGAGGAAGAAACUACAGAGAUUCUUAUGCAAUUUUCUUCAUUUCAUAAAAAAAAUUAUUCUGAGAGAUGAAGAAGAACUGGUUGCAACAUUCUUCAGUGUGAAGGCUUUCAGAAUCUUGAUUGUUUCUUUAUGUUCCUGAUAAACUAAAUAAAAAUACAAUUUUCUUAA